AUGUUUACAGGGUCUGCCACGUACCUGAGGGCGCAGCUGGAGGCUUUGGCCCAGCAGGAGAAGGCCUGCCACGCAAGAGCUGCCCAGUAUGAGGCGGGAGGAGCAGCAGCAACAGCAGGAGAGGCAUCCGCCGGCCGGUGUGGGGUGGAGUGGGACGGCAUCGCCUGCUGGGGCCCGGCGACGGCGGGGGCGCUGGCGAGGCAGCCCUGCCCCUCGUACGUGGUCGGCUUCCGCGCCCAGGAGUACGCCAGUAAGCUGUGUACCUGGUCAGGUUCGUGGUACCGCAACGAGCAGAACGCCACGUGGGCCAACUACACGCUGUGUGGUGCAGUCACCAGCGACCAGCCGCCAGAGGAUGCGUCCCUGUACGAGGAACGAAGUCAUGCACCACACAUCCAGGAAGAGGAUACUGUGAUCGUGUCACGCUGGCUGCCCCUGGUGAAGGCGGCCUCUCAGGUGGGGUAUGCUGUCUCGCUGGUUGCGCUGCUCUUUGCGGUGGGGGCGCUGUCCGCCACCAGGCGGCUGCGCUGCCCGCGGUACCGGCUGUACAUGCACCUCUUCGCCUCGUUCAUCUUCCGCUCCCUGAUGGGACUACUCAAGGACGCGCUCUUCGUCGACGGCGUCGGCCUCGCAUCAGACGUCGCCUACAACGAAGACGGACACAUCGUCUUCCUCACUAAUAGCACCCACUGGCGCUGCAAGCUGGUGACGAGCCUGUGGCAGCUGUCGAUCGCGGCCAACUUCUCGUGGAUCCUGGCGCAGGGCCUCUACCUGCACAACCUGGUGGUGUUCGCGCUGCCCGCCCACGCUGGGCGCGUCGCCAGCUACGUCGCUCUGGGCUGGGGAGCGCCUGUGGUGGUGGUGGCGACGUGGGCCGUAGCCCGCCUGGAGCUGGAGGACACCCUGUGCUGGACCACCAACCAGCAGUCGCGCGUCUUCCUGCUCCUGCAGCUGCCCAUGGCCUGCUCCGUGCUGGUGAGCUUCGCGCUGUUCCUCAACCUGGUGCGCAUGCUGCUGGUCAAAGUGCGCGCUUCGGCCACGCUGCAGCGCCGGAGGGCGCGUUACAUGCGUCUGGCGCGCUCGACGCUGGUGCUGGUGCCCCUGUUCGGGGCGCACUACGCCUUGCUGCUGGGCCUUUCGUACAGCGAAGACCGACGCGUGGAAAUAACGUGGCUCUUCGCCGACCAGCUCUUCGCCUCCUUCCAGGGCCUGCUGGUAGCUGUCCUGUACUGCCUGCUGAACGGCGAGGUUCGCGCUGAGGUUUCCCGCAGCUGGAUGUCGUGGCGACAGCAGCGCUUCACGCGGGCCCAGCUGGCUGCAGCAGCCGCCCACGAGCCCUUCAAGGUAACGCAAUUCCAAAGCCGCUCUCUGGCUUGA